AACGACAACCUUACUAUUAUAAAUAAAUGUGAGUGUAGAAUGAGACAGCAAACUUGGCUGCGGAUAGCGCUGCUUUCGCUCGCCUUGGCGGCCAUGGCGGACGCCCGAACGCGAAGAAAACUGAAGAAAAACAAAAGCGAGGAGCGAAGCGAACUCGACCUCGGAAACGGGGUGCAGAACCAGGAGCCGAGCGCCGAAUAUGACUACGACUACGACUACGGCGUGAGCUCCGAAUACGAUGACAAAAGCUCUGUUAACCCCAAGGAAGACAGUGUUACCACGCCUCAACCACCGGACGAAAGACCUCUUCAGGGUGUGGAUGAAGAUUCCACAGACGUAGAGCAACCUCAAAGUACCACAGAGUCGUCACCCUGCGUACACGAUUCGAGGACGUAUUUGGACAAGGAAAACUGGUCGGUCGGAUUGUGCACCAAUUGCACGUGCGCGAACGGCAAGGUCGAGUGCGCAACCGACGACGAUUGCUUAUCCCGCCUGCGACCGACGCGUGAACCGCACUUCGACGGAUUUUCCUUGCCGGGUUCCAGAGGGGACCACGGUUACCCCGGAGAGCCGGGCAGUCCCGGCGCCGCGGGCUUCCCAGGAACACCCGGCUCGCCGGGUAUUCCCGGAGCGCCGGGUCCUCCGGGUGCGGUUCCGGACCUUUCCGCCUUCUACGCCCAACUAGCGUUGGCCCAAGGCAACGACAAAGGCCCGUCACCCUAUCCGGCCGAACCUUUCCAGUACCUCCAAGCGCAAGUCGGUCCCGUCGGCGCGAGAGGCCCGCCCGGACCUCCGGGUCUUUCCGGUCCUCAAGGGUAUCAGGGAUUGCGCGGAGAUGUCGGCGAGGCCGGCUUGCCGGGCCCCAUGGGACCCGCGGGGCCUCGCGGACCUCCGGGAGCCCCGGGAAAAGACGGAGAGCGCGGAGAGGAUGGAGAACCAGGAGCGGUAGGCGCCCCAGGACCACCAGGACCGCGAGGAUCUCCCGGAAUGCCGGGCUUGCCGGGUAGCAAAGGACACAGGGGGUUUCAAGGCCUCGACGGGGCUAAAGGCGACCGGGGCGCGACAGGCGACAAAGGACCUCAGGGCGCUCCGGGGCUGACGGGACCCGUUGGUCCCUCUGGGCCCGCCGGAAUUCGAGGAGAGAGAGGGCGGGAAGGGACUCCCGGACCUCCCGGCUUGCGGGGAUUGGAUGGUGUCGCCGGUCCGCCGGGACUACCGGGUGGGAUCGGUCAACCGGGACCCGCAGGGUUCCCGGGACUCGCCGGCGUGAAAGGGGACCAAGGGGUGGCGGGUCCUAAAGGCAGCCAAGGAUUGCAGGGACCUCGGGGCGAGUCUGGCCGGCCCGGCGAACCCGGCGAAAAUGGUCCUCCUGGGGUACCGGGAAAAGACGGUUAUCCGGGGGAGAAAGGUAUGCCAGGCGCAGCCGGAUUAAUUGGCCCUCCCGGAUUCCCGGGGACUAGGGGGCUACCGGGACUAAACGGCAGCCCCGGCACGCCGGGCCCCAAAGGAUUCCCGGGGCAAGCGGGUGAACGUGGGUAUAAAGGGGAAACCGGCAUGAAAGGGGAAUCGGGGUCUACGGGUCCGAGAGGGCUGCCAGGGUUUCAAGGGCCGGAAGGUAAACGAGGUCUGAGAGGAAGCCGAGGCCCACCUGGACCGGUCGGAUUACCCGGCGAACGGGGAGCUACCGGAUCCAUGGGACCGCCAGGUCCCGACGGAGCAAUGGGGCCCAAAGGUCAGUCAGGGGAAAGAGGAGCUACCGGUCCCUCCGGCCCGAAGGGUUCACAAGGCGAAGCCGGGAGACCCGGACCGAUGGGUGUGCAAGGAUUAAGAGGAUUGACAGGCCGACCCGGGGUGCCAGGCAAACCUGGCGCUUCUGGAGAGAGGGGAGUACCCGGACAAGACGGCAAACCUGGCGAGCAGGGGCGGCAAGGGAUCCAGGGCUUGCCCGGCCCCGUAGGGUUGCCUGGGGAUAAAGGGUUGACAGGGGAACCCGGAAAGGAAGGGGAACCGGGACCGACAGGUCUUCAGGGACCCAGAGGCGAUACCGGCAAGGACGGUCAACCUGGUCCGCAAGGACCACCGGGUCCGCCGGGGCUUGACGGCGAAAGAGGCGCCGCUGGUGCGAUAGGCCCGAGAGGAUUUCAAGGAUUACCCGGAGCACCAGGUAAUCCUGGACAACCGGGAAAGGACGGCGAGCAAGGCACGCAAGGGUUGCCCGGUACUCCGGGCUCACCGGGUAUAAGAGGCGAAAGAGGUUUCCCGGGAGAACGAGGAAGCGCGGGACAACCUGGUCUUCCAGGACCCAAAGGAUCGACAGGCAGUCAAGGAGUUGACGGACCCCCCGGUGAACGCGGUUUAGCCGGCAUGAAGGGACAUCAAGGGGCGCCGGGGAUGGUAGGACUGCCCGGUUUAAGAGGUCCUCCGGGACUUCAAGGCGAAAAAGGAGAACGCGGUGCCUACGGCCCCAUUGGACCGGAAGGUCCGGCUGGUAGGCACGGCGAGAGAGGUUUGCCGGGACCGCUGGGACCGUCAGGUCCCCCGGGAGAACCAGCAGCUCCCGGAGAGCCUGGGACUCCCGGCGUUCCGGGAGAACCCGGUGCACCCGGAAGCCCGGGGGAAAGAGGACAAACGGGAUCGCCAGGCCCGAUCGGUUUCCCGGGAAGCCCCGGUCUUGUGGGUUUGCCUGGAUUGAAGGGAGACAGAGGACUGCAAGGUUUGAAGGGCCAGCAAGGAAAUUCUGGACCGGUAGGGCGACCUGGAGAGCCGGGAACACCGGGUCCGAUGGGAUUGACAGGUGCGAAAGGUGCAAGAGGUGAAACCGGUCUUAGAGGAGAUGUCGGAUUGAUGGGACCACCGGGAAGGCCAGGAGAACCAGGCGCGGCUGGACAGCCGGGAAGCGCUGGUGUACAAGGGCCGCCAGGUUUGCCAGGUAUUAAAGGCGCCCAAGGCGAUUUGGGUAGGCCUGGAGCGCCAGGACUGCAGGGCCCGCAAGGUUUGCCAGGUUUAGAAGGACCGAAAGGCGAAACCGGAGCGGAAGGGCCACCAGGUCCGACCGGGCUAGCUGGACCGCAAGGUCCUCCAGGAGAAAGAGGGUUUCCAGGGCUUCCCGGCGUACCGGGUAUAACCGGCGCCAGGGGCCUGCGCGGACCUCCAGGAGAAGCUGGAAUGGCUGGAAAGCCGGGCAACGAGGGACCUCCGGGUCUUGCGGGAAGUCCAGGACCUGCAGGUCCGCCCGGACCCAUAGGGGAACCGGGGCCCGAAGGUUUGCCAGGUAAAAUAGGUCCGCCAGGAUUAACGGGUCGGCCAGGAGAUAAGGGACCACCAGGAACUCCCGGCUCUCCGGGAAAUACCGGCCCGUCUGGUUUACCGGGUCAAAUUGGUCCAGCUGGACCGAUAGGUCCCACGGGCGAGCGUGGCCCCCCAGGCGAGGCCGGACCGCCGGGCAUAGACGGUAGGCCAGGAGAGAGAGGCAAACCUGGUGUGCAGGGCCUUGAAGGGCCGAAGGGGGAACGAGGCGAAGCAGGUCAGAAGGGGGCGAAAGGUCAUACGGGACUGAUGGGAUUGCAAGGCCUGCCGGGCAGUCAAGGUCCACCCGGAGAAAAAGGAAUACCGGGAAUGCCCGGAUUACCUGGCAAAGACGGAGACACUGGUCCGCGAGGACCUCCCGGUAGGGACGGGAAUCCCGGCCCAAGCGGAAUCCAAGGAGCACCAGGCCCAAGAGGUGAAACUGGUAACGAGGGAAAACCGGGGACUCCGGGCAACCCUGGCCCGCCCGGUCCUCCGGGACCUCCGGGAGAAGGUUUGGGUUUCGACGCAGCCACAUUGGCCGCGUUCUUAGCUCAACCGAACGUUCAAAAGGGUCCGGAUCCGCAAGGUGACGAACCUGCCAGGGUGUUCGGUAAGGAGAUGACGUCAGAAGAGAUGAGGGACUUCGUACAACGGGCUUACGAGCAACUUAAAACCUCGUUCGCGAGGUACAAGAGACCCAACGGGGACAAGACGGCCCCCGGAAAGACCUGCAGAGACAUCUUGGCCGCUUAUCCAGAGUCGCAGAGCGGACAAUAUUGGGUGGAUCCGAACGAAGGGGACAAGCAGGACUCAAUCCUGGUGCAUUGCGAUAUGGAAAACGGCGCUACGUGCGUACUGCCCCAGCCUGCGAGGUCUAACGAGGUCACAUUCGUGGGGAAGGUUCCAGAGAUCUGGCUCGGUGAAGUCGAAGGGGGGAUGAAGCUCACCUACAAGGCGGAUAGCACCCAAAUCGGGUUCCUUCACUUGUUGUCGGCACGCGCUACUCAGAACGUCACUUAUCACUGCAAGAGGUCCGCAGCGUACUACGACGCAACGAGGAAGACCUUUCGCAAGGGAAUCAAGCUGAUGAGCUGGAAUGACAUGGAGAUCACGCCCAAGGGACCUAGGCUGAGGUUCGAAGCUCUAGAGGACGAGUGCCGGUAUCGGAAGGAUGCUUGGGCCAAGUCAGUGCUGCGGUAUUCCACGGACAAGACCCAAAGGCUCCCGAUUACGGACGUCGGGGUCAGGGAUAUCGGCGUCCCCGGCCAGGCCUUUUGGGUCGAAAUUGGCGCGGUAUGUUUCUCGUAACGAUAGGAAAUUUCAUUUUUAACUGCCAUAAAAUAAAGUGAUAUUUAAUUAUUUUUUGAAGAUUUUUUCCCUGUACAUACGU